AUGUCUGCUCGACAGAAUUUUCAUCGCAAUUGCGAGGAGACUUUGAACGAAUGCAUCAACGUGUUACUCAAGUCAGCCUACGUGAACCAGUGCCAGGCUGCACAUUACGACAGGAGUGAUGUUGCUCUGAAGGGAUUCCAUCUCUUCUUCGAGCAGCUAAACCGUCAGCAUCUCCAUCAAGCGGACAAACUGAUGGAGUACCAAAACAAACGUGGUGGUCGCGUUGUCUUGCAGAAUAUCGACGAACCGGAGACUUCGUUUUGGGAUUCUGGUGCUUCGGCCAUGGAAUAUUCGCUCGUCGUUGAGAAAAAUAUCAACCAGCAAUUUCUGAAGCUGGUUUUGUGCGCUAAAAAGAACGGCGAUCCUCAGCUGAUUGGGUUCCUGAAGAAGAUCGCCCUUGGAAAACAAGUUGAAAACAUCAAGAAAAUCUCUGAUUACAUUUCGAGAUUGAAGCAGUUGGGCGAAGGCCUCGGUGAAUAUAUGUUUGAUAAAGAAACACUUCAGCAUUGA